CGAAUAUUUCAACACGUUAGUAAAGUCAAUUCUUAAUUACAGAAAAACAUUGCUCCAAAGGAGCUUUAUCAUCUAUCCAUGUAUUUUUAAGGUUCAGUUUUGUCAGUCACUCAUUAUGUCUCUAGUCAGCUCUACCAUUGGUCUAAUCAAACAUUAUCUUUGUAUACAGAAGACAGUGAAUUCAAAAUCUAUACCAGCACCAUUCCGAGAACCAUACAUUCUAACUGGCUAUCGUCUACCAAAGAAAUCCUGGUCAUACUACAUUGUCAGUUUAUUUCAAUGGCACAACGAAACAAUCAAUGUGUGGACUCAUUUAGUAGCCUGUCUCUUUGUUCUGGGAGAACUGGCAAGAUUUGGUCUAAAGUAUGAUUUAUUUAGCGACAAAGAUGGUGGAGCUCUCUUGGCUUUUGGACUUAGCUGUCUCACAAUGUUUUUCUUUAGUUCUAUGUCCCAUUUGCUUCAUUUAAAAUCCAUUAAGGUACAUUAUAUACUGAGCCUAGCAGAUUACGCUGGUAUUAGUUUAUAUGGAUCUGGAGCUGGGAUCGCAACAUUUUACUCAUGCUGUCAACCCAAUGUCUAUGAUGUCAUGGCGCCAUUUUAUAUAAUCGGCAAUGUCAUUGUUGGGUGGUUUGUCUAUGCCACUUGCGUUAUUGCAAAACUCACCUUUGUUGGGCCACAUGCUGCACAACGAAAGUUAAUGUGUGUAUUUGCAUUCACGAUACAAGGAACAUGGAUAGUUACUCCUCUUUUAUCAAAUUAUUACACUUAUUUUUUUGAUCCUGAAUGCAGUAUUUGGAACUUGAAUCACAUCACCAUUUCAUGCCUUCUCUGUGUUUUGGAAGGAAUAGCAUUUGCUGCACACAUUCCUGAAAGAUACAGACCCAAAAUGUUUGACUACGUAGGUCAUGGUCAUCAAAUAUUCCACUUGCUUUGUAUUUUUUCGGUUAUUUACCAAAUGCGAGCAGUUGAUCGUAAUGUAGACAUGGGUUUAGCUGCUCACACUGGCAUGAACAUCAAUGACGUUCUAAUUGGAUUUACUGCCUUAAUUAUGUCACAAAUUAUCACCACCUUUUUUGUUUUAGGGUUAGUCGACAAGAAGGUUAACGAAAUUGUUAAGGCGAGUUAAAAAUCUCAUUACAAAUUACAGAUCUCAAUUUGAACUUGUUAUUUGAUAACAAACUGAAAAUCUAUGAAUUUGGUGAAAAUUGACUCAUGAAUCAUGCUGCUUAUAAAAUAAAAUUUAAUUACAAUUUAUAAGUCAAUGCAAUUCUGCAAAUUUAAAACCAUUCAUUUUUUUGAAGAAAAACAAUUUAACAUCUACCAAAGCCUUUGUUUUGAAUAAAUAGAAUUCAGAUAGUAAAAUGUGAACAUGAAAUUCAAAAGAUUUUUAUCAAGUAACAAGUUCAAAGCUUUUAUAUGGUGCAGCUCAUGUAUUUUGCUUUUGUGAAUCAGUAAAUCUUUUUAUCUAAAUGCUAAAUGAGGCGAGUGAAAUGUACAAAAUUGUUUCAUAACCUGAAAUAGUAGUUGUCUCCCUUUGAUCACCCAUAACUAAGGACUAUGGAUAAUGACAGACUUAAAAUGUGUUUGAGGACAUCUGCAAAAUAUUUCAAUAUCUAUGAAAGAAAAUUUCAGAAAAAUAUAAUGUUUCAGAUACAAAAUAUCAAAUAAAAUAUUGAGUUAUUCUGGAAAUUCUAGUUUGCUUGUCUGUUUGCUAAUGUUAAUUAACUAAUAUCAGAAAUUUUGUUUUGUUUUUAUAUAUUAUUUAAGUAAUGUUUAUAAAUUUGUCUUAUUAUCUAUUGUACUUAUUUGUGUUUACACCUGAAGAAAAUCUCAGUCAUUAUACUGUUAUUAUUAACACAAUGUUAUUUAAUAUCAAAUAUUUUUGUUGUCUAUUUUGUAUUUAAAAUUAUUUACUUUUACAAAUGGCAGUUAUCCCAUACUACUUUUGUCUUUUGCUUUAGCUAUACAGUAUAUUAAUACUUAGAUGAUUUUAUCUCUUUAAAAACAUUGUUACAUGACAUGACUAUAUCAGGGAACUCAGACCUAUCUUAUUUACUGGAAUUAUGGCCUGAAGUUUUUGUUUUUUUGGAAUAGAACCACUAAAAAUUUAGCAAUAAGCAAUUUAUCAUGGGAAAAUCCCUCAUGGAAGCCAAAGGCCCCGUUCAACCGUUUGUUUCAUACCUUUAUCACUGCUAUAUUGAAGGCAAAUUCAACGAUAGUUCUAUAUCCUUAUAGUUUGAAUUCUAAGACCUGUGCAGUUAAUAUCGUGACUAUUAUUAUGACCAUGUUCUGGCUUUACAUGCUCAAUCAAAUGUUUUUUGAAAUCAUAGGAACCCGUGCAUGCAAGAAACAACCCUGGUUCAUAUGAUGGAAUAAAUGUCCAAACUUGCUGACCAGACAUUAGUUUUUCGAAAGAUAUUUGGAAUUAGCUUCUUGUCCAAUUUUGUAUAAAUUUGACUAGGAACUGUUCGUGAACAGAAAAACAAUGCACAUCUCAGGAAGCCUACAAUAAAUUCAUUGUGUUUGAUUGUGACAAAUUUUAUGAGAAAUAGUCACUUUUUACACUCACUAUAAAAACACUUUUGUUGAAUAGGAUUAUUUUUUUUUAAAUUAGAACAUUCCUAAAACAAUUCAUUUGUACACUUGGUCAACAUUGGUUGUGUAAAUUAGACUUUUUAUUUGCUUAGAAAAUGAUUUGAAAGAACUGAAAAGAAACGUUAAGAAUUUAAAUAUUAUAAUAAAUGGAUUAAAUGUUGUAGAAAAUGUGUCACAAUAUUAAGUUGAAUUAAGUUCUGUGAUAUGAUAAUUAACUACAUAUACAAUACUUUGGUGCAACCCAGUACAGUUUUUUUUUAUAAGUAAACGAUUGAGGUUUCAAAUUAGAUGUUUUAUUAUUAAGAACAUUAUUUGGCAACAACAAAUCAAAACAAUUCUAAAAAUCAUGUUUUUUUUAUUAUCACAUUUUGUUAUUUUUCACUAUAGCACGCUGUUGCCGGCUCGACUAAAUACAAUACGGUUGCAUGCGACUGAAAAUUUGAAUUUGAAGGGAGUUUCAGCAUAUCGAGCAUUUAAGUUAGACAUUGCACUUAUUCUAAAUGUAAUUUAAUAUCAAAAUAUGACCUAAACCCCUUCAAAGAUAUUUUUGCUUCAUUGUAAUUAUGUUGAAAUUGAACAAAUUGUGGUUUCAAAGUGAGUUGUCAUUUUUUUUGUCCACAAUGGUUUAUGACGUUCUAUAUCGUGUGCAUAUUGGAACUGAGACCAUUAUUUAUAUUAUUUGUUCUAAACAAAAAAACACUAAUACGGGAUUAAAAGGGGUUUCGUAAGCCUACCGAUUGGCUUGAAUGGUUUUAGGUCGUAGCGGAGUCAAAGAUUUUUCUGGAAUUUCAGGAACCAUAAAAAUAGGAUGAACAAUCGGUACUAAUGUGUCCUAUAUACACAUACAAAGAAGCCUCUUUUGAAUUCCUUAAUUAAGCAAAAUAUUUUCUGAUGUCUUUGCUACAAUUGAGUACUAGUGUUUUAACUCUGCUUAUAAUUUUGGUGGUUAUUCAUGCGCCUGUUAUUAAAAUCUUUCUGGAC